AUCUGUCAAAAAUCAUCACUCUUGCCCUCACUCUCUCCUCCACCUUAUUUGCAGCUUUUUAACUUUCAUCUUUAGAUCACAUAGAACAAUGUUGAAGGCCGUUGCUGUUAUUACCAGCAGUGAGGGCAUUAGCGGGAAAAUCUUCUUCACCCAAGAAGGAGAUGGUCCAACCACCGUAACUGGAAGUGUUUCUGGCCUUAAGCCGGGGCUUCAUGGUUUCCAUGUUCAUACCUUUGGAGACACAACAAAUGGCUGCUUGUCGACUGGUAUUGUUAACUGGCAGGGGCUACAUUUCAACCCUGCUAGCAAAGAUCACGGUGGCCCUGAGGAUGAGAAUCGUCAUGCUGGUGAUCUGGGAAAUGUCAAUGUUGGUGAUGAUGGCACUGCUAAUUUCACAAUUGUUGACAAGCAUAUUCCUCUUUCUGGCCCACAUUCCAUUGCAGGAAGGUCAGUUGUUUUUCACGAAGGUCGUGAUGAUCUUGGCAAGGGGGGACAUGAACUCAGCAAAAUCACUGGAAAUGCUGGUGACAGAAUAGCAUGUGGUAUCAUUGGUUUGCAAGAAUAGGUUGAUUCUCCAGAGAACCAUAAUAAGAGAAAGGCAGCUGAAUAAUUGUGUAUUUGCUAGCUGGACAAAAUGUUACAAGACCUUCACUCAUUUUGAAUAAAAUUAAGAACAAAUCGUACUAUGCU